UUCUGCGAGUUUUUCUUGCACCUACUGGUUCACUCUUGUCCUCUUUCUUUCGUCCAUCGUUUUCUAUACGCUCAUUAAACCGAGGAUUAUGCAUGCCAAUGGACCUACUGGUAAGGUUGCUGUGAUACUAAUUCAGUGUCCUGUAGUUACGUGCGUCUGAUGAGUAUCCACGUAGGAUUCUAUAACGUGCCCGUAACGAAAUUCCUGUUGUUAUUUGUCGGUGGUUGUUCGAUCCUUUCUGCGAUUUUGAAUUUGAAACCCGCCUUUCAUCUUCAAUUAAGCCCUCACAUUACAGUUCACCAUCAGUUUUGGCGUCUUUUGACUUCUCACUGUGCGUUUGCGAAUUCCGGCGAUGUGUUCUUUGGAUCCUUACUGUUAUAUGUCAUGCGUGUGAUUGAGCGACUGUAUGGGAGCAGUAAAUAUGCAGCCUUUGUAUUUCUGGCUGUCGUUCUUUCAACACUGUUGGAAAUUGGAGCGCUUGUUUCGCUGGCCCGAUUGGGAUUACGUAGUUUCCCUGGAGGACCGUUUGCGCUUAUUUUUGUCAUGGUUUAUCAAUACCACCGUGUGAUUCCAGUCACUUACCGAUUCCGAGUGUUUGGGGUGACAUUCAAUGACAAGUGUUUUGUCUAUUUCCUUGCGCUGCAGAUGCUGAUCAGUCAAGGUUUUUCUACAAUCAUACCUUGUGUAUGCGGUCUGAUGGCGGGUGCGUUAUGGCGAUCCGAUAUUGGCAAUAUCAAGCGAUGGCGAUUUUCAUGUCGAAUCAGAGAGUUCUCAGCACGAUAUAUUCAGCCCAUGUUGGCCACAGCGCCUACUGCUCGUUCAUCGGCGCCUUUACCCCGACAAGGGCAAGUUAUUGGGUUAGCAGUCGAUAACGGGUUGCUUUCAGGGGGCGUUUUAAGGAAUCGGAGGUCAACGACAAACGAUACCAAUCUCCCAACUACUGGCCUUCCGAUGAAUGGCGCCUCUGUUCGGGAGUACAUUGAUACAUUUACUGGACGAGCACCCAUGGCAGCAGCAGAUGUAACAGCACCAGCUGAAGAAGACAUCAUGAUGCUGAGCAUGAUGUUUCCCGAACAUCCUCGAGAAGCCAUUAUCAGAGCCUUAUCGAGCGCCAACAAUGACUUGCAACGAGCAGCUGAAAUCAUGCUUAAUACACCUGCACCCAGUGGAAGCAAUUCUGCAUAAAACCCACAUGUGGCACUAGACAUGCAUUGGCGAAGAAUGAUGAUGGCGCUGUUUUAUACACCGUGUAAUAUAGAGAACAAAAAAGAUACACAUGAAUCAUAGAAUCCUGAAAGAAACCACACAAGAGGAAGAGAGAGAGAGAAAGAGGGAAGGAAGUAGAGUUACUCCAUCCUCCUAUUUAUCCCUAUCAUUGUUAUAUAAACACCACAUUUUAUAUGUAAUGCAUCUAUCAAUAAAAAAGACUGACGCAACCACGCGUUUUUACUGUUAA